GUGUCAUGAUGCAAAAAUAUAUAAAUAUUCGACAAAUGCUUCGUGCAAUAGAUGAAGCAUUUGGAAACUAUGCUAGACCGUGUGAAAUAUAUAAAGUGCGGCUUUUGAGUAUUGGAAGGCGUGCAAGAGAAGUUCCUGAUCGACGGGAAUUCCAACGAUUAGAUCAACGUUUUGGAGAUGGGGAAUCAGUUUUGAAUUUUAUUAAUAAUUACAGGGAAGCUGGUCGACCGCGUGUGCAUUGGCGUGUGGAAGAACAAGUAAUUGCACUUGCAAGAUCAUACCCAGUAAUGAGUCUGCGUCAUAUUGCUCGUCGUGUCGGAAUCUCACAUAUGACAGUGCGUCAUAUAAUUCGUGAAGGUCUUCGACCAUUUAGAAUUCAAAGUGUUCAAGCACUCCAAAAUAAUGACUACAAUGUUCGAAAACGUUUUUGUCAAUUGAUGCUUCGAAAGUUGCACCGAAAUCCAAAUUUCCAAAAAAAUAUUAUUUUCACGGAUGAGAGUAGUUUUUCUAACCACGGUUUACAAAACAGACAAAAUGUUAGAAUAUGGAAUUAUCGAAACCCUCAUGCCAUGAUACAACAUUUCAAUCAAGGACGCUUUUCAGUCAAUGUGUGGGCAGGAAUAUUCAUCAGAAUGGAUCGGUUCUUUGGCUGAGAAGAAGAAAUAGAAGACGAACAUUUUUCAAGCAUAGAAGGUUAGGUUUGGAUUACGAAUGGGUUCAUUUGUCUCCUUACCGUAUGCAGCUACCACGGAGGGAAAGAAAUACGAUAGGAGAUUUGGCCUAUUUCCCGAUAGAUUAUGUUAGCGUUAAAGCUGUUACGCGAGUGUACAGGCGCGGGGAGAGGAUGCCGAAGAAAGCGUGGAGUGCACUACCUUCAGCAUGUGUUGACUUCCAGAGCGAACAAGCCGUAAUGUCGAGGACAGACCCACUUGGAUUUCAGCAAGAGGUUUCGCGUUUCGUUCUCACUUAGCAAGAGUGCAAGGAGAUACUUCGACGAUGUUUUCGAACCACUUUCGUUGCACUUGCUUUAUGGACCUUUCCGCGAUAACGUUUCGUGAAAAAUAAAAACGUUCUAAUAAUUGCCAAAGCGAACAAAAAAUUAUUCUUUAUUUAUUAUUCUAUUAUCAUAAGAAUGACUUCCGCAGUGAAUCGGUUUAUAAUGAGAAAGUGGAUUAUUUACUCAUACCUAAUACAAUGAUGGAGACUUAACUCAAUAAUUAUAAAUUUUGUAAAAAUUUUUGUUUCAAAUUUUUGGAUCGAGGUGCGUGCUGCACGACAGUGUUGAGUGGAUGACGAUAUGUGACGAAAUAUGACGAGAUAAGACAGGGAAUGACGAUACUGGACGAAAUAUGACGAAAUACGAAAAGGACAUGGCGAUAGGUCAUAAAAUAUUGUAUUAUUAUUGUGUGAAUUUUUAAAUUAUUGGUUCGAAUGUCGAGCGAAUGUUUAUGUUAUGUUAAUUAUUAAUUUUGUAAAAAGUUUUGUUGUAGAAAUUUUAUAUUUGCUGAGGAUUGUUUCCCAUUUGAAUAUUAAUUUUUCCUUACACAUUAGUGACUUUAAAAUAACUUUGAGAGUUAUUUUGAGUUAAUAACUACCACCUAAUAAAGUAAGA